AUGACGGCGGAUUCCCAGGAUGUCCACGGCCCAAAGCUGGCCGAGGUGUGUAUGAGGCAAGCCCUCAGAUUGGAGGAGAUGCAGGAGGAGUUAGAGAAGGCGCGAAAAAGAGAAAAGACUGCCUUGGAGGAGCUUGAAAAACUGUGCAAAGCACACCAGCAAGAAAAGGCAGCUUUUGUAGAUCGAGAAGAGCAGAUGGUCUCUUUACAGGCUGCUCUGCAGCGAGAGAAUGACCUCCUGCUUGAGGAGCUGGUCUCCGUGUUGGGCCGAACCAAGGCCCUGAAAGCAGAGAUGGCAUGGAUCCAGAGAAGUCUACCCUUUGAGAGCCCGCGCGAGAAGCAGCCAGCUGUACACUACCUUUCAAGAGGCUGGUGCUUUUCCAGAUCAGUUCCCAUGAACAGAGGUCGAAACUGUGCCCGGCGAGCAAGGUAGCUCCCCUUCCGCCGUAAAAGCACAUGACAGCCGCUCGCCAAGCAAUUCCCAGGUUAUUUCACCAAUGAAGCCAAUGCUUUCACCUUUGCAGCAAGUGCCGAAUGUAAGCUGGUUGCGAGGUGCCGAAGCACCGUCCAAGUUGAUCCACCCCAUGCGACGAGCGAGCGAGG